AUGGCGGUCGUCAGGUUGGCCCUGUUCUUGCAUGCGCUGAGCCUUUCGUUUGUGUAUGCCCAAGAGUUCGCCAUCGGCGUCUAUGCGCCCGUCACGUCAAGGAGCCAAUUGUACAUGGCCCUCACGGCCAUCUUCGACCUGGACCUCCGCAAGAACUUCGAGCCUGCGCUUGUAACUCGCUUUGGACCGCCGAUCAUCGACAUUGCCACCGAGUCCGGGGUACCGUUGCAAAGCGGCCUGCAGAGCAUCAGGCCGCGCAUCGGCACGAGCAACUCGCAGCCAAACAUCGGUCUGAGCACAGCUGUGGACUUCAUGCUGGGUUUGGAUGGCGAGAGCCCGGUGUCUGCACUGGUGGGAGGCGUCUUCUCUUCCAUCGCGAUGCCGAUUGCCAGCUUCUCUGCCGUGCAGCAAGUCCCGCAAAUUGCCUACGGAGCUACCAGCCCCUCGCUGUCGAACAAGGACACGUAUCCCUACUUCAUGCGCACGGUGCCUCCGGAUUCAAUCCAGGGGCAGGCAUUCUGGAAGUGGAUUGUGCAGUUUCAGGUCCCUUUGGCGGUGUGCAUCUAUGCCGUCGAACCAUAUGGUCAGGGCCUGUUUCUGGCCAUUGAAGAGCAAGCCAAGCUUGCCGGCGAGGCCGAGCGACUUGUUGGUGUCCCUCUCCGAUACAUGCCCACCAACUUCGUCGUUUCGGAGGCCAAGCAAGCUUUGGAUGUCGCGAAAAGCCUUGGAAGUCGUUUCCUCUUCUCGUCGAUGAACAGUCAGAUGUUCACACUCUUUGGGCCCGUUAUGUUCGACGAAGGAUUCAUGCAACCCGGCUGGCAGAUCUUGGGUUCCGAGGCUGCCACGAUGUACGGCACGUUGACGGAUGCGGAUUUUCCGAUCGGCUUCCAGCGCUGGAGCCCCGUGAGCCGAGGUGCCAAGUACGCGCUGUUUGAGGACAUGUGGAAGCUGAUGAAUGCCAACGAUGUGCUCAGCACCACAGCGAGGGCACGCUAUGGUGUUGACAACAUGAAGGUGCCAAUUGCGUCUGCGACCGUUCCCCCCAUUGACGACAGCGACUUCACCGGUAUGGUUCUCCCGAAAUGGAGCACCUUCUUCUUCGAUGCCCUGUACACCUUGACCGUGGCGUGCAACCGGCUCUUGAGCCAGGGAAAUGCCAUUGCCGAUAUCAAGGGAGAGCUCCUCCUGACCGAGCUGAGGGCGACCACUUUCACCGGAAUCUCAGGCCCUAUCGGUUUCAACGAGAACGGUGACCGCCUCGCAUUCUACGAACUUCUCGUCAAUGAGCCUGUGACGGAGGGCACGGCGAAUCCGACAAACUUGGUGGUGGGAGCUGUUUUUGAUGCAAUCACUGGGGAGCUGACUAUUGCCGGCCAAGACCCGUAUUGGAUGGACGGGCAGAGGGGGGCAAUGCCUCCAGCUGAGCUGACCAACUGCGACCCAGGCUUCUACAAGGAGCCGCAGUCCCGGCAGUGCAAGCCCUGCCCUCUUGGCUUCUACUGUUGGGGUGGCACAGAACCGAACCGCCAGUGCGCGCGCGGAGCGUUCGCGAACGAAACUGGCAUGGUGAACUGCACACUCUGCCCCUUUGGCAGCUUCGCGGCCGAGGUCGGCUCUUCUUCGUGCAGCGCCUGCUUGUCAGGCUUCUACUCGGACGAGUUGGGGCGGGAGGCUUGCAAGAAAUGCCCGAAGGGAACCUACAUGGUCAACACCGGCGCCAGCGUGUGCACUCCGUGCGGAUUGAGCCAAGAGACAGAGGAGAGCGGUUCCCAGGCCGCAACUGAUUGUCGUUGCGCCGAAGGCAUGUUUAUGUGCAAUGAAGUUGGCUGCCAGAUGUGCCCAGAAGGCCUCUACUGCGCUGCAGGUCUCGACCCUCCUGUUCAGAUGGCGGGCUUCUGGACCGCAGUGACAGGGCCGAACCAGUGCCACUUCAAUGUGCUGCGCUGCAGAGACACUCAUGAGUGCCCUGAGAAUCCUCUCGGUGAGUGCGCCCCGGGUCGCGAAGGAUUGGCAUGCAACAACUGCCGCGAGGGAUAUUUUCCGGAGGAAGAGGGAACAUGCCUGCCCUGCAGCCCGGGGGAUUCACUUCCAGCUGUCUUGAGUGCCAUCGCAGCCGUUAUUGUCCUCAUCGUCUUGCUUUCCUCGGUGAAUACGGACCUGAACCAGCAGUCACUAAACCUGCUCACGGUCGCCGCAGUGGGCAGUCAGAUGGUCAUGGCCAUCCAGGCUCUGGGAUCCAUCCGUCAGCUGGCCAUCAGCUGGGUGGAUCCCGUGCGCCACAUCAUUGACAUGACCAGGCUGCUCACCUUCGACUUCGACAUCAUCCGCAUCUCUUGUGUCACCGGUCAGGAUAGCCCCACGCUCAAGUUCCUUGGGCAGCUCUUGGCGUGCCCUGCCGGCUUCUGCCUGGUCAUGGUUGCAUGGGCCGUUGCACGAGCUCGUGGCCGCAAGAUGUCUCUGGAUGCUGUCUUCAACCUCAAUGGUACCUUGCUGUUUGCGCUCUUCAUCACGCUGACCUUGGCGGUGUUGGGCCCUUUCCAAUGCAUCAGCAACCCAGAUGGGAGCUCGUCGAUGGCAUCAAACCCAGGCAUCAUCUGCUACACCUCCUCGGAACAUUGGGUUGUGGUUUUUUUGUCCAUUGUCGGUAUCAUUUGCUAUCCUGUUACCAUCCUCGGCUGGGCGACCUACACAACAGUCAUGUACCCCUCUCGCAUCACAUCCGGUGCUGGCCUCCGGCUUGUGAAUCGCUACCGCUUCCUCUUCCAGCGAUUCAGGCCUGAGUGCUACUACUACGGCUUGGUCCUUCUGUUCCGCAACGCCUUCGUGGCUCUCUUCCCUGUGGCGUUCGUGUCGAUGCCCGAAGUUCAGGUCGUGCUCAUGGGCGCUUUGUUCGUCUUCGGUGGAUCUCUUCAGGUGAGGAGUUGGCCUUGGCGUUCUCCGAUGGCCAACUAUGCCGACUUGGUGAUGACGGCUUUCCUCCAGGUGGUCUUGCUCGGGGCUGCUCCUCUGCUGGAGGUCGACAAGGAGCAGUCAACGGAGAUGCUGGGCUGGCUGCUUCUCGUCGCCGUGCUCUGUCCGCUCCUCGCUGGCCUGGGAGCCGUGGGUUUCGCAAUUUUCCGUCACUUUACACCGAAGGCCAUGUUCGGCAUUUUCCUUUGCCACCACAAAGGAGGCGCUGGCAGUCUUUGUCGCCUCAUCAAGCUUCUUGUUGCCAGGCACAGCUCAGCCAACGUUUUUCUGGAUUCCGAUCAGCUGGAGGACUUGGACCUGAUCUUCGACACGAUCCGUGCCACGACCAAGAGCGUGGUUACCGUCCAGACGCCAGAGCUGCUGAAGCGCAUGUGGUGCGCGGGAGAAAUUGUGACUGCCUUCAAGAACAAGGUCACCACCGUCCCCCUCAUCUGCGAUGGCUUCCUCACGCUAACAAAUAAAACUCUCGACAUGAUCCCAGAUUGCUGGACGGCCCAGCAGAAGCAGAUCCUCGCUAACUACGGCAUCACCAUGGAAGAUGUGAAGUCGGCUUACGUCUGGCUCCGCGAUGAGAAGACCCCGCUCUACCUCAGCCGUUUUGGCUCGGCAGAGAAGCGUGAGGAAGUUGUCAUCGAGAUGUGCAAGCAGUGCAAGAUCUCCAUGAAAGUGUUCGCCUCCCACCACACUCAAACGGGCCCUUCAAAGGCAAAACCAAGGAUUCUCAUCACCGGCUCCAUCACAGAUGCUGAGGCUCUCGCAACAUGCGAAGUCUUCCAGAUUAUGGUGCAGGAACAUUUGCGGACGGAAUGUGCCUUA